AUGCCUAGAGGACAGCCCAAGACGGCGGCCAUGGGCCAGCACCAGCAUCAGAUGCAGAUGGCUCCUCAGCCGGCCCAGCCUCAAAUGCAACAGCAAAUGCAGCAACAGCAACAACAAUUGCACCAAUAUCAAACCUUCCAGCAGCCGCCCCAGCAAGCUCAGACUAGUAAUCCCGCUAUCCAACAACAUCAGCAGACUCAAUACACUCAGCAACAACUCCAGCCCAUCCAAACCCAAAAUGCUACUGGCACUCAGCAAGGCCAACAGCAGCAACCACAGUCCCAGCAACAACCUCAUGGUCAGGCAGGUCAGCAACAAGUCCAGCAGGGCCAACCGGGCCCGUCCGGCCAACAACAGCAGCAGGGACAGCCGGCACGACCCAAUUUCCAGAUGGCCCUCUUGCCCCCUCCCCAAGACCGGUUGUAUCCCACCUUCGAGGCGCUACAGGCGGACCUCAAGGUCUUUACGCGGUCACAAGGCUACGCCUGCGUGAUCGUGUCCUCGCUCAACCGCGAUCCUGACGGACAUUACCGGCGGUACAACCUCUGCUGUUCCAAGGGCGGCAAGACGUACACCUCCCACAGCCGGGGAAUCCGGCAAUCUCGGUCGACCAAGACGGGGUGUCCGAUGAAGAUGAAAGCCGUGCAAGAAAAAGCGUGGCCGUACGACGACAAGUGGCGGGUGAUCGUGCAGUGCGCCGAGCACAACCACGAGCCGUUCACGGGCGAGCAGCCCGGCGUCAACGUGCCGGCCCAGUUCCGCAAGAUCGAGCAGGACGGCGCCCGCUGGCUCAAAAUCAUGCACCAGGACGCCCAGUGCACCCUCCGCCAGCUGACCAUCGGCAUCCGCAUCUCGUUCGGCGACAAGUAUCAGUACGUCAAGAAGAGCGACGUGCGCAACAUGCUGGCCAAGAUCAAGAGGGAGGACGAGAGAAAGGCGGCGGCGGCGGCGGCGGCUCAGGGGCUCCCGAGCAACUUGCCGUAUACGCUCAUCCCGCCUUCGCACCAGCCGCCGCCGCUUCAGCCGACGAGUGUGGAGAUGAUGCCGCCGUUGCCGUCAGACAUGCAGGUGCCGGAUCCGGACUUGGAGUCGGAUGAUGAUGACGCGGAGCCUUAG